AUGUCUCCCUCCCUCGUCCCCCGCCUCCUAACCGGCCUAGCCAUGACCACCCUCGCCGCCGCCGCAGUCACCUGUCCCGAAGAAGAAAUCGUCGCUACCCAAUGCGCGCCCCCCUCCCCCCCAAAGACUGUCUCUACCCGAACCCCAAUGACUGCAGCAGUUUCAUCGCCUAAGGAGUGUGACUGGCCAGCGGAUUCAACAUGUGGUGAUGUCGUGCAGGAGACUCUGGAUACUGCGAAGGAGGCGUUGCCGCCGGCAGAUGGGGAGGUAGAUUCUUUAUUUUAUUGUGAUGGGGCGAAGGAGGAGCAGGGCUGCGAGUCUGAGGUUGAGUGCAUUUCUGCGAAUCCGAAGGAGGAGGGGUCGUAUGUUCAGUGUACUAGUGGGACUGCGUAUGUUGUGAAGUGUGAGAGUGGGUUGUCGUACAGUGAUGCGAUUAAGGCUUGUGUAUGA